AUGGUCGGUGAAAUACAUUCGUUCCUGCUCGUUGCGUCUUGCACACUCGUGUCUUCUUCUAGACCGCACAUAAUUUUCAUCCUAGCCGAUGACUUGGGUUGGAGUGAUGUUGGAUAUCACGGUUCGGUCAUAAAAACGCCACACAUUGACGCGUUGGCAUCGGAGGGAGUGAAAUUGGACAAUUAUUAUACGUCAUUGCUAUGUACACCGUCGAGGAGCCAAUUGAUGACUGGUAGAUACGAGAUCCACACUGGAUUACAACAUCGUACAAUUGAUAUGAUGCAACCGCUGUGUCUGCCCAUCGACGAAACCAUCCUACCACAGAAGCUGAAAGACCGCGGAUAUGCCACUCACAUGGUAGGAAAAUGGCAUCUGGGCUUUUACAGACAAGAAUGUUUACCGAAUAAUAGGGGUUUUGAUACAUUUAUGGGAUUUUACCAGGCCAUGGGCGACUACUAUUACCAUAAUGUCAGUACCGGAAAAUUCAAUGGCUGGGAUUUUCGACGAGACAAUGACGUCAUCGCUGAACGGUAUGCAGGUCAAUAUUCAACCCACGUGUUUGCAGAUGAAGCUCGGGAUAUAAUAAGCAAACAUAACCCGGAUGUACCGCUGUUUCUGUUUCUCUCAUUCCAAGCCAUCCACUUCCCGCUACAAGUGCCAUCACGAUACGCCGACAUAUACAAUACACUCAUUCCGAAUAGUGCCGAUAGACGCACGUACGCAGGCAUGGUAACAUGUAUGGAUGAAGCAGUCGGUGGCGUCGUCGCCACCUUGAAGCACAGUGGUUUGUGGGAGAACAGCGUGCUUGUAUUUUCAACAGACAAUGGUGGAAUUCAUUCUCUCGGUGGUAACUGGCCUUUGAGAGGUGGUAAAGCGUCAUUGUAUGAGGGCGGUGUCCGUGGCGUGGCGUUCGUUACUAGUCCGUUGCUGCCCAGCCGAGUGCGUGGUACGAUUAACAAGGAACUGCUGCAUAUGACGGACUGGUUUCCUACCUUGGUUCGAUUGGCUGGUGGCCAUCUGAUGGGUAACAAACGAUUAGAUGGAUACAACCAAUGGGAUACAAUCAGUCAAGAAACUCCUUCUCUGCGGAACGAAAUAUUGCUGACUAUCAACCCACUGAAGAGGAAGCCGAAUCAUUUCGUUGACGACCCGUAUGCUGACACUGAUAGUUUCGACAUCUUAAUGAGGGCGGCUAUCAGAGUUGGUGAUUGGAAACUGAUUACAGGACCAACUGGUAAUGGUAGCUGGGUAACUCCUGCCGAGUUUGGGUUCAACUCUCUUCAUCCCGAAGAACGUACACACUCUGUAGAACUAUACAACGUGAUCGCAGAUCCGAACGAACGACACGACUACUCACGUGACAGACCGGACAUAGUUGGCGCACUUCUGGAUCGGAUUGGUCACUAUUAUAAAACAUCAGUUCCUGUGCUCAACCCACCUCAAGAAGUUACGCGCGCCGACCCUGCUCUUCAUGGUGGGGCAUGGUCACCAUGGAGAUGA